AGCUUUAUGAUGAGCGUACGUGUAGUCUUUUUGUCUACACGUAGGUUAAAGCACAGAUUACGUGAACCACCCGAGAGACGAAGAGACGAUAGGAAUGCAGGAUCCCUUCCUCAAAGCCCUUCAAAUGCCGGAUUCGUCUCCUCAUUUCAUUAAGGCCACCGCCUGCUUUGAUGCAAAGAAAGAAACCUCUCUGGUAAUAGAACAAGAUAAUGGGCUGUCUUCUUCAUCAUCAUCGUCUUCUUCUUCUCCAAUCAGCACCAGAAUCAAGAACCAGGAAGGAACCAGAAAAACAACCAAGAAUCUGGGGAGCACAAGAUCAUUGAUGACGAAUCCUGAUUCUGGGUCUUGUUUGGAUGAUGGCAUUGAUCAGACCCAAAGCCAGGCUAGUUCUCAGCCAAGCUUGUGCUCCAGAGCUGUGAGACUUAGUGCCAAAUCCAAGAAGUGUUCUUUGAGGGUUAAGUCAACUUGUGCAUCUACCAUCAAGAAUUCAAAGUUCCCUGGAAUGUGUCACAGGGAAAGACUAUUGCCUAACAAUGUCUGUUCAUACCGCCACUGCUCUCUCAACAAGAACCCGUCUCUUCGUCCCGAGCCAGAUAACUUCGGUACCAGAAAGAGACUGUCGAAAAACCCAGAUGGAAAAUUGGGAAUGAAGAACCGGGCACGAGUUCAAGACUCUGAAUCUGGUUCGUCGAACACGUGGAACCUGGUUGGCCCAAACCAAUUGGCUGCUGUACAAGAAAGUUCAGAUUCUUGCAAACCAGAAGUGGCAAAUGGUGAGAAUCAGCAGGGGAUUGAAGUCAAGAAGCUCACAGCUGUUAAGAUUGUGCAAGAAGCGAUAGAGAAGAUUCUCCUUCCUGAAGUUUCGGAUCAGCCAUCAGACAGCCAACAAAUGAGAAGUGAUCAAACCACUCCGGACCAAGAAACAUUGGAAAACAACAAUGAAAACAAUGAUUUAGAGUCAAUCCCACAAGAAGUAGGAUCUGGGAGUGGCGAGUGUACGCAGACCUUACCCCUACUUGAAAGUAGAGAGAACGAAAUCCCCCCAGAAGCAAACGACACGAUUUACCAGGACAAGAAAGUGGCUACUGAGGAGGAGCCAAAGCACAUCAGCAUGUGGCAUAUGAUAUCUCAGCACGUACUCUCAGGCGUGAUAUCAAAAGCCGGGACCGGGCUGCUUGAGGGAACUGAUGAUGAGGAAGAAGAAGAUGUUCAUACCAUUAGAGAAACCGAAACUCGCCGAGACUUCAGUAGGGACGAUGCCAUUGGAGUUGUGAAGGAGGUAGUAAACGAGAUCCUCAUAACAGACAUUCAAGAGAAUUCUCCCCAUACACAAUCUAGAGAUGAUAGCAUUGUGAACGAAGAUGGAAAGAAACAAGCGUCUAUUCUUGCAAAGUCGAGUAAUUGGAGCAAGGUGAAGAAACUUGUCUUCCUCAAGAGAUCCAUUGCGGCUCUCCAAAAUGGCAAGAAGCCCGAGAAGGUCAAUCUGAGGCAUCAAAUGAUGGAUGAGAGGAAGAAGGCAGAGAAAUGGAUGCUUGAUUAUGCACUCCAAAACAUUGUCACUAAACUAACCCCAUCUCGUAAAAGAAGGGUGGCAAUGCUCGUCGAAGCAUUCGAAGCAGUCGUUCCAUUUCCUCAAGCAUGAACUCAGCAUUGAUUCCGAAAAAGAUCACUUGGUAAUUUUGCUUCAAGAAUAUGAGUUUCGAAAAGCAAUCGACUACUUGGUUUUCCAGAGUUGAUUUUCAGAACAGAAUUAUCCACAAAAAAAAGAAGGUUAGCCAAAUGAGCCCUUGAAGUUAAUCAAUCAAUAUAUUAACAGCUGGUAA